GAUGCCGAGUGGCCACCGCCCGAUCGGCUCUUUAGCUUCAAGAAUCAAGAAGAGAGGGACAACCGCCGUCAGACUUCGCAACUCCCCCAUGGAAGACGCCGUCGACGCCACCUCCGUUGUCGCCUCCCCUCUGGACGCCAAAGAAGACGACGAACAUGAUUCCAAGGAGAGCGUCGUCCUCCGGUACUUCCUCCAAGAAUGGGAGCUUGUCAAGUCCCUUCUCGACCGCAUCGUCUCCAAUGGCGGCGUCUCCGACCCCUCCGAUGUCCGCAAGAUCCGCUUAAUCAUGGACAAGUAUCAAGAGCAAGGUCAGCUGCUGGAGCCUUACCUGGAGAGCAUCGUUUCUCCUCUGAUGCUCGUAGUGCGCUCAAAAACGAUGCAGCUCGCGGCCACCUCCGAUGAGAUUCUCGAGAUCAUCAAGCCUCUGUGCAUCAUUAUCUAUUCGCUUGUUACUGUCUGCGGAUACAAGAGUGUUAUCAAGUUCUUUCCCCAUCAGGUCUCGGAUCUUGAAGUUGCAGUUGCACUUUUGGAAAAGUGCCACCAAACAAAACCGGCGACGUCGCUGCGACAAGAAAGCACUGGAGAGAUGGAGACGAAGUGCGUCGUGCUCCUGUGGCUUUAUAUUCUUGUUUUGAUUCCUUUUGAUAUCACUUCAGUAGAUACCAGUAUUGCAAAUAGUAAUUAUCUGGGUGGAUCAGAGCCUUCACCACUGGUUACGAGGAUAUUGGAGAUUUGCAAGGAUUAUCUUUCAAGUGCUGGUCCUAUGCGUAGGAUAUCAGGAUUGUUGCUCGCGAGGCUCCUCACUCGUCCAGACAUGCCAAAGGCUUUUAACAGUUUUACUGAAUGGGCACAUGAAGUCCUGUUAUCUGUAACUGAUGAUGUUGUCGACCACUUUAGGUUACUUGGUGUGGUUGAAGCUCUAGCAUCAAUAUUCAAGGUUGGAAGUCGAAAAAUCCUGCUCGAUGUGGUUUCUACAACCUGGAAUGAUAGUUCCCUCCUGAUGAAGUCUACAACUGCAACUCGGAGUUCUUUACUUAGAAAAUUUUUGGUUAAAUUAUCACAACGUGUUGGUUUAACUUGUUUGCCUCAUCGUUCUCCAACAUGGCGCUAUAUGGGAAAAAAUAGCUCAUUAGGAGAAAAUCUUUUGCUGAAUGCUGCUGGAAGAAGUUCUUCAACUAACUAUGGUCAACAUGCGGACAAUUGCAAUAAUACACAAAAUGCAAUUUGCCUAGAAGAAGAGGAUAUGGAUGUUCCAGAAAUUGUGGAGGAGAUAAUUGAGCUGUUACUUUCUGGUUUAAGAGAUUGGGACACAGUUGUACGUUGGUCUGCAGCAAAAGGCAUUGGUCGAAUAACUGCACGUUUGACAUCUUCCCUUUCUGAAGAGGUGUUGUCUUCCAUAUUAGAGCUGUUUUCACCUGGAGAGGGGGAUGGUUCCUGGCAUGGAGGCUGCUUGGCUUUGGCAGAGCUGGCUCGCAGAGGCUUGCUGCUACCUGUUAGUCUUCCUAAAGUAGUUCCUGUAAUAACUGAGGCCUUGCAUUAUGACAUACGAAGAGGUUCCCACAGCAUUGGGUCUCAUGUACGUGAUGCUGCUGCAUACGUGUGCUGGGCAUUUGGUCGCGCAUACUCCAGCUCUGAUAUGAAAGGCAUUUUGGAGCAACUUGCUCCACAUCUUCUAAUAGUUGCUUGUUAUGAUCGAGAGGUUAAUUGCAGAAGAGCAGCUUCUGCAGCUUUUCAGGAGAAUGUUGGAAGACAAGGAGCUUUUCCAUAUGGCAUUGACAUUGUGAAUGCAGCUGAUUAUUUCUCUCUUGCCUCACGAGCAAAUUCUUAUCUUCACGUUGCUGUUCGCAUUGCUCAGUACAAUGAUUAUCUUUAUUCCUUUGUCGAAGAAUUACUAUGCAAUAAAAUAACACACUGGGAUAAGAGCUUGAGAGAAUUGGCUGCUGAGGCUCUUUCUGCUCUUGCGAAAUACGAUCAUGAAUAUUUUGCAGGAUAUGUCGUUGAGAAAUUAAUUCCCUGCACUCUAUCAUUGGACCUGUGCACACGCCAUGGUGCAACAUUGGCAGCUGGAGAACUUGUGCUGACCUUGCAUCAGCUUGGGUUUGUUUUUCCUAUUGACAAACAAAAAACUUUGUCAGGAAUUGUUCCUGCUAUUGAAAAGGCGCGCCUUUAUCGGGGAAAGGGAGGCGAAAUCAUGCGUUUUGCUGUUUCCAGAUUCAUUGAAUGUUUAUCUCUUUCUGAAGUAUCCCUACCUGAGAAGACAAAAAGGAGUUUGCUUGAUACCCUAAAUGAGAAUCUAAAGCAUCCUAAUGCUCAGAUACAGUGUGCUGCUGUUGAUGCAUUAAAGCAUUUUGUUCCAGCAUAUCUUGUUGCUUUGGGUGAUAUUGUUGCCAAUGAGGUUACCUUAAAGUACCUGAAACUCUUAGAUGACCCAAAUGUGGCUGCAAGAAGAGGUGCAGCAUUGGCUCUUGGUAUCUUACCUUAUGGAUUCUUGGCUGUGAGAUGGAAAGCUGUAAUAACGAAACUCUGUAGCUCUUGUACAAUUGAGGAUAGGCCUGAUGAUCCUGAUGCUGAAGCUCGUGUAAAUGCUGUCAGGGGAAUAGUUUCAGUUUGUGAAACAUUGACUAGUUUUUCUUCUGAUCUUAAGUUUGAAGAAGACCUUUCUCUUUAUUUGCUAAUCAAGAAUGAAGUGAUGCAGACAUUGUUCAAAGCACUUGAUGACUAUGCUGUAGACAACAGAGGUGAUGUAGGUUCUUGGGUGCGGGAAGCUGCAAUGGCUGCCCUCGAAAGAUGCACGUAUAUACUUUGCAAGAGAGAUUCUGUUGGCUCCAUGAAGGCACUAGGUUUUGAGCAUCCACCAAAGAUGCAUGAUUAUGAUCUGAUUAGAGAUACUGCACACCCAUUAUUUGAUGCAAAAGUUGCUACUGAUUUACUUGGAGGAAUUGCAAAGCAAGCUGUUGAAAAAAUAGAUAAAAUAAGAGAUAUAGCUGCCAAGACUCUACAAAGGAUUCUAUACAACCAAAAUUACUUUGUUUCAUACAUACCUCAUAGAGAAGCACUGGAAAUUAUUAUUCCCAGGGAUGCAGAUCUUAAGUGGGGAGUGCCCUCCGUGUCUUUUCCACAUUUAGUGCAGCUCCUUGGGAUCAGCUGCUAUAGCAGAUCUGUGCUUUCUGGGCUUGUGAUUUCUAUGGGUGGGUUGCAGGAGUCAUUGCGGAAGGCAUCAGUAACAGCUUUGCUAGAGUAUCUUCAAGCUUCUGAAGCUGAUACUGACACAAAUGAUGUGAAAAAAACCAGGGAGUAUGUAUUAAGUACUGAUCUUCUUUGGGUUCUCCAAAAAUAUCAGAAAUGUGAGAGAGUUAUCACACCGACAUUGAAGACAAUUGAGAUUCUUUUUAGCAAAAAAAUCUUCUUGAAUAUGGAGGACCAUACUCAGCUCUUCUGCUUGGGGGUUUUGGAAGCUUUGGAUGUUGAGUUGAAAGGAUCAAGGGAUUUCACUAAGUUGUGCACCGGCCUCUCGAUUCUUGGGUUUGUUGCUUCACUUACGGAACCAAUCAACUCCCGUGCAUUUUCUCAGCUUCUUUCUUUUCUUGGCCACAGAUACCCCAAGAUACGGAAAGCUGCUGCUGAUCAGGUUUAUCUCGUUUUGCUGCAAAAUGGGAAUCUCGUGGCAGAGGACAAAUUGGAAAGAGCUCUUGAAGUCCUUUCCGAAACAUGCUGGGAAGGUGCUGCAGAGGAGGCCAGAAGUAGGAGGUUGCAAUUAUGUGAGAUGUCUGGCUUGGAUGGGGGCGCCCGUCAAAAGGCUAGUGGAGAAUCUACCGAGUUGGUCGGGAGAAGGCCUACAUCAGCUGAUGAAAACAUGUCAUAUUCCUCAUUAGUUGGUUUUAGCGGCUUUUAAAGACAACAUGUUUAAUAUUGUUGAAGUUUAUAUUUCUGAUUACUUUUCCCAGGACAUAUAUAUAAGAGAUUAUAUAUUUUCGGGUUAGUUUUUUGUUAGUGAAAUUAAACAUGCUUCAUAUGCCAUUGAGAGAUGAAGCAAAUAUAAUUCACUUUUCUCUA